AGCCAUGUCCACGUUGUUCCCAUCACUCUUCCCUCGUGUGACUGAGACACUGUGGUUUAAUCUGGAUCGACCCUGUGUGGAGGAGACUGAGCUACAGCAGCAGGAACAGCAACAUCAGGCCUGGGUGACUCAAAGCAUUGCAGAGAAAGACAACAACCUGGUACCUAUUGGCAAGCCAGCCUCAGAGCACUAUGAUGACGAGGAAGAGGAGGAUGAUGAAGACGAUGAAGACAGUGAAGAGGAUUCAGAAGAUGAUGAGGACAUGCAGGACAUGGAUGAGAUGAAUGACUAUAAUGAGUCACCUGAUGAUGGAGAGGUCAAUGAGGUGGACAUGGAAGGCAACGAACAAGAUCAAGACCAGUGGAUGAUCUAGGUAGACCAAGGCAAGAUGGCCUCAGGGAGAUUGCAAGCCAGCCUAACCUACUGUGCACCUCAGCUCCAACCCACAAAACCAUCUGAUGGCCCUGGUGCUGAAGGCUCACUUUUGGUCACUUCCUCAGCUGCUACCAGGACUUGGUCUCCAUCUCCUUGGGCCCCUCCCAGGCCAUCAGUCUGCUCUUGAAUCCCCAGAGUCUGAGCCCCAAUCUGCCCUACCUUCCUGGCCAGUACCUCACCCCUUUGUUGCCAGGUUUUCCCCUUAUUAACCCCUCUUUAAUAAAGACACAGGACUGAUUUUUUU